GGAGGCCAGAGUUGAAAUUUCCUUUCCGGCUUCCUAAGUGUGAGGAUGGGGUCAUUCUCGCGCUUAACCGCCUUGUCCUAGCCUGGUGGCCGGACCCUGAAAACAUUUCGUACAGCUCCUCAAAGGAUUAACCGUCAGGGAUCUCGUUCCAUCAACAAUUCUACCUCCUCGCCCGCACUGCUUAUCUGCACUGAGCUAAGCUGAGUUACUGCUACUCGGCGGAACAGAGUGCGCGCAACUCCAAGGAACAAAUUCAAAGCAGGAAUUUUGGUAGAGGAAGAGUCGUAAUCGAUUGAGUUCGGCGAUGUAAUGGAGAGAGAGUUAGUUGAUUGAUUGAUUGAUUGAUUGAUCGAUCCACAGACUGAAAUUGAGAAGGGAAGUAGAUGAAAGCAAGAGCUGAAUUUUCCUCUUAGUCGUUCUUGGAAUUGCGCGAGUGAUUGUAAAUUUGCUGGGAUUGGAGGAUUUUCGGUUUCGCAGAGGUUUCGUGGUGCUGGGUUCUGGCUCGAGGAUUAAAAUUACUACAGAUUGGAGAGUGCGGGUGAAGGUGGUCACUAAGGUGGUGAGCAUUAGGUCAAUUGCCUUAGUGGAUAGCUUGCAGGGCUGUGGGUGAGCAGUAAGAGGUAGGCCAGCUCGUGAAGAGCUACUAGUGAGUUUGCACAAGAUUGAAGGUGACACUUUAAUUUUCUGAGAGUUUAGGAGGUUUAAAGACAUUCAGAGGAGGAUUGAGCAAGAAGGAAGGUCGUCGUUUCUUCAACAUUCAUUGACGGGAAUUCAAAAAGCAAGCCGAGUUUUUGUUUCAUUGUUUCUACUUGCAUGACGGUGAGCGGAAGAACUCUCCAAGCUGAGCGAGGUCGAGGGGAAGUCGUUAUUACAGUUGCGAAGAGCAAAGUAUCGGGGGUAGUAAAUUCAGCAAACAUAGGUAUAAGCAGCAAUUUCCCGUCAGCGCACUGGGAGGCGAUCGCGACGAAGACGAUUCAGCGGAUCGGAAUGCAGUUGGGCAGCGGAGGGGAUGACAAGCUGAGCCCGACUUCUGGUCAUAUUGAGAAGCCAGCCCGCAAACCCGGAAAGAGAUGGAAGAAAGGGGCAAUGAAAGGCAAGGGCGGCCCUGAGAACGCUGCUUGCGAAUUCCGUGGCGUGCGACAGAGAACUUGGGGCAAAUGGGUUGCUGAAAUUCGGGAGCCUAAGAAACGCGCUCGCCUCUGGCUCGGAAGCUUUUCGACCGCCAGAGAAGCUGCGUUGGCUUACGAUAUUGCAGCUCGCAAAUUGUACGGUUCUAUGGCGGAGCUCAAUCUGCCUCCCAGUGAGUCAGCUGGAAUUGAUUCCGUUCCUUCCUCAACGCCCACAAAAGAGUCAUCAUCGCCCCCCAGAGUAAUGCACGACGUUGAGAUCACAGAACACCUAGAGCUUCCUCGUCAACACAGUCUCGGAACUUCGGCAAGUGCAGGAAGUAGCAGUCGUACAUCAAUGCACAUAGGGAUUAGGGAGGAUCACUUCGAUGUCGAAUUAGUGAUGGCUGAUUCCGGAAGAGCUUUCGGUGCUUCGGACGCGAGACAGGUAUUUCCUCAUGAAAUGGUUAGGGAUAGUAGGGGAAUGGGAGAGGCAGGACCUUCGCUGGAGAUGGGUACAGAUUCGUCUUCGUCGUCGCAAGUCAAUCCACCACAUGAGCUUUUCUCUAUCACACCCGAGUUUCAGCAGCACCGGUAUUACAACUUGCAAGGGAGUAGGCUAGGCACUUCUUUGUCAGGCGAAUACCUCAAGGACAUCGAAUCUUUCUUGAAUCGAAUGGACGAUGACGAUGACUAUGCGUUGGGAUCGAACUCCAGCUUGUCUCAGUCGACAGAGAGUGCAGGUGGCUCCUAUCCCCCUGACCCUCAUUGGGAUGACGAAAACCUGGGCACCCAGUUUCUUAAUUCCGAGCUGGAGAGCCUGGACAGUGUCUUGAACGAGCCUCUUGUGCCUGAGAACGUUGAGCUCUGGGACACCCGAGAUACAUUGCCGCCCUCUGACCCCUCUACCUGGCAAUAACACAACCCUCGAUCGCGUGUUUUUCGUAUCUGCUACAAAUUAUAGUUUGUGUUAUGGUAAACCUGUUAGGAGAUAGAUUUACGAUGAAUGUCCAUGAAGUAGGGAUUCAGAUUGGCGAUCUCUGCAGUCUGUUCUGUUCGUGACAUUUCGCGGCACAUUUUUCAAGCUGCCGAGUUAGGUUAGCAGUGCAGGAUAUAAUUACAAUUCGAUAGAAAACAUCUGUGACCACGCGAAAGUUGGCGUUGGCAGAGACCAUUUGGGGGUUUAUUUUAGUGUCGAAAAUUAGUGUUCCUAAAACCCUAAACCCUAAACCCUUGUUGUAACUUAACGCGCCAGGCAAUGAACCUGGAUUCGUUCUUGUAUAAUGAAAUGUGGUUGCUGUGUAUUCAUCUCUGCA